AUGCAGCCCCGGUCGGCUCGUCGGUGGUCGCUUCUGAGUCGACGAGUUAGAGCGUUCUCAACCGAGGUUGGCUUCCCUGCGAAUGCUGAUACUAUAUUGGAGUUGUAUGCUCCUCACCUAGAGAGAUCCCAACAGAAGGUUGCAUUUCACGUGGCGAAUUUAAUGAAGUUGGCCAAAUUUCGAGAUGACAUUAAAGUUGACGACCCAAGGUAUCUAUCACUGCUAGCAGAAAUUUCUCGAUACCGCUCGUCGCUCACAUCGCAGAUGCUGUGCGUUGUAGUAGAAGCUCUAGGAAGGCUGGGUCGACCGGAGCUGCUAUCUGGAGAAUAUACAGCGGUAGUAUUGGAGUUUCUGGAAGAGGCGAUAUUCGCGUUGAUUCUUUCUUCACUCGAGUACUUGGCGACUGACGUUCUCACUGUUGUGGCGAAAACGUUCGCACUUGCUGACCUUUGUACGGCCAUUUUGUCAUCUGAGCGUCAUCGGAAGAAGAACCCAUCUUCUGCAAGGGGAGAACUCGCAUAUGAAAGUAUCAUUGCGGAGUUACUCGCUGACAAAGAAAAACUUUCUGCAAAUGAUCUGGCGCAAGCUCUUCGGGGGCUCUCGAUCGCGUAUGGAAGAGUACCUGAGCGGUUCGAUGGCAUUGAGAAUUUGGCUGAAGCGUUGUUGGCAUGUAAAGAGCCCCCAAGAGCCCUGGCGUUUAGCGUGGCUUCGCUCAUCGACUUGAAUUUACCAAACCAUGCAUAUCAACUUUUAAGGAAGCAUCUGGACGUUACGGAAAAGAGAAAAAUCCGAUCUACUCGAAAUGCAGUUGAAAUUAUACGAGUUAUGACGAGAUUGAAAAGCAGUGAAGACAGAAAGUGGUGGCGUGCAGCAGUGACAGGUCUGGCUUCCCUGAACACCACCCAAGCACUGAUUCUACUGCGAGCAAUAACUGAGGGGCGCACAAGUAGAGUGUAUCCUAGUAAAGAACUAUAUAAGGGGAUUGUGCCCUUGCUGAUGAUGGAAAUUUUGCGAGAAAUCAGAACUCUCCCACCAAGUACAAUAGCAUUCACUUUGCGGAGUUGUGUGAAAUUGCAAUAUUGGGAUUCGGAUUUUCUGGCGGGCGCCUCGAAGGUUUUUCUUGAUAAAAUGGAGGAGACAAAUUAUAGUGAACAAGUUGUCGCUAUCAUCACAGUCCCAAACGGGCACAGUUCGGAUGGGCUCCUCGAGGACCCCCCUUUGGAAGAUUUCUCAACACUAGCUGACGGGAUCACCAAGGAAUUGCCAAGUUCACUGAUCCGCGAUGAUUUUUCUAAUGCUGAUAUUAUUGUUUUGAUACUCGGGUAUUCAAGACUAUCACAAGCUGGUCGGAGUCCAGAAGAUUCUAAAACUGCUGUAUUAGCCUUGCAUAGAGCCAUAUAUGGACGUAUGAAUUCCCUCGAUCUGUCGAGUAUGUGUUUCUCCUGGUUUCUGAUAGCAGUCUCCGAGCUCUCGGACCCAGCACUACAAGGACCUAUUGCUCUAGCCACAGCUCAGAAGAUUUCCCAGCCAGGAAUAGUAGUGAGAACUCAAGAUGCUGCUAACGUAAUUUUAGCACUGCAGAAAAGCACUUCAGGGAUAAAAGACAUUGAAAAAUUGGUGAGAGAACCUUUGCGAGUAGCAUGCAUGAAAGCCAUAGUUGACAAGUCUGGAGGGAAGGAGGAAAUCAACUACUGCGACCAUCUCCUCACGUUAGCGAUGGCGGGUCCGGAGGCUCUGAGGCUUGACUCUGAGCAAAUCGGCGAAAUAGUGUCAAUUUUGGUUGAGCGAAUAUCUGAGUUAUCACAGCAACAACAAGUUCAGGAAAUGCUUUUGCCAUCGACAUCGAAUUUGCGAACUAAAAGUUCCGAUUUGCUAGCAUUGUGUUGGUCACAGUUGAAGCUCACGCAGUACCUCACUCGUAGUGGCGAUAGUCUUAGCGGAGAAAAUCGCAAGUUUUUGGGUCGACUGCGACGGACGAUGCAUCACGCGGUAGAGCAAAGGAGAAUACCAUGGCCUGAACUUUGCGAAAAUAUACAGUUACUGCACAGUGCUGGAGUGUUCGAUAGCCUCUCAUACGAGGCACGGUCGGAGUUGUGGAGGUCUGCAUCAUAUCGGCAGAAGAAGGGUGUGCCUCGACCAGAACGGAGGGAAGGCCUCCUCAGAGCUGGCGUGGACCCUCGGAGUGGCUUGAAGGGUCUGCAUAAGAAAUUCAGAACGCCUGCAGUGACGAAGCACGCCCAUUUCCAAAUCGCUGAGAACAAACUCGUAGAGGAAAAGACGGAGCCAGAGGAGGAGGAGUUGUUUCACAAGGUUGGUAUUUUAUUCGUGAAGUAUUCUCGUGUAUAA